AAAUCGUCCUUGGCGUCUCCAGUUGAAAUACGAAAACGCGGCUCGACUGAAGUCAUCCCGUGUUUGUGCCGUCCCGAAUCCGAAAUCAGCAUGCGGCUCUGUCUAGCACCACCGGCUCAGCCAUAGCUUGCGAAUCAACGUAACUUGGUGCCAUCCUAGUGACGAACUCUAAUUUGAGACCCAACAAUGAGUAGCCAGAUACCGCUAAUUGAUCAACAUUUUUGCGCGCUCCCCCCACGUCGUGCUUUUACCAACUAGCGAGCUCCGAACUAUGACUACCAGAAACAUUCAAUAUCACCAUGUUCCUCGGCCUCCAGCAUCGGACAGUUUGGCACUUGGCAGUUUAAUAGUAGCACGCUGCUGCCACAUCAACCGAUCAAACGAGCCGGACGAUCUUCGGGCCACCAUGCCAGUUCGCUCGACAUUACUCCAUUGGGAUAACCCGGCCCACGUCACCCUCGCUCAGACGCUCGCCAGCCAGUCCGGGCUCUCCUGCCCCAACGUCCCCUGCUCCGGUCGAGCUAGUGUUCUCUUGACCAUCGAAUGGUACGCAGCCUGUAGCUCCGGUUGCUCGAAUCGUCGGGCAUAGGGGGUCCAAAAACGGCUGGUAAAGCCACAACCGCAGCCCGAAUGGGACGGGCGAAGGACCCAGUUUGACAACGAUCGGUGGCCCGUCCGCUGGAACCGGCGUCGAUGCUAGCGCCGAAUGAUUUGUAUUUCUGAUUGGCUUUCUCAUUGGCCGGCUUUAGAUUUAGGUGUGGUUAACACACACCUCUUUAGGAAAUACCCAACACGUUGGCGCCAAGUGUUCGGUGCCUUUGCCCUUCGCUCAUCGCUGCCCUACUCUUUGUUUCUGCUUCGCUGUCAUUUUUCCUAGAAAUUGAAACUCGACAAGGGGAUUCAGGGGUAAUUGCCAGAAAAGGCGUUGGUCGAUCGAUUGCUUGCUUGUCACUUGGGCCUCCAAACCGCAAAGUGGAAAGUGCGC